AUUUAAGCAGGCUGAUCCAGUUUCUCUGAUGCUGCGUCGCAGGGUGAUGAUAAAGAACGCUGACACAGCAUUGGCCGAGCUCCUUGACCGCAUCGUUUCAAACAUGCGUGUUUGUGUCCGCACCCAUGACCUGUCCGGCUGGAUGUGAUGUAACCAAGAGGAUGUCGCAUUGCCGCCGGCCGGCCGGGUCUCGAUUACCGCGUGGCAGGAUGAAAGCUCUUUCGCACGUGUGUGCCGAAUGCGUCACUGUCCCGAUAAAUAGAGCGCGCGAGGAGCGAGAUGCUGCGGCCGCUUUCAGUUUUUUUUUUUUUUUUUUUUUUUUUUUUACGCGGAUGCUUCUGCAGCAGGAGCGACACCACCGGGCCCGUUUCCCUUUCAUUAAAGCUGCAAUGCAGUUUGAACUGCAGGAUUAGUCAUUUAAUUAGCCUUCAGCUGAGACGGACGAGCUCCAUCAUCAAACAGAAGUCUACUUGCAAGUAUUUCGCCAAAACAUUUUGUUAAUCCUAUGGGUUGACUAGAGCUGUAGUCUGCUUGACUUCCUCUCACGCGUCGAUAUUUGCAGUUCAACGAGCCAUUAGAAAUCGAAUCGGUGAUUGGUUGCGGCUGCAGAAGGUUACAAAAAUUAAUGAAUCAGGGUAGAGAGAAGGAGGAGCUUGUAUCACUGGUUUGCAUAUACAGAUAAAACCAGAUAUUUACAUGCGUUGUAUAAAAGCACAGCCUUUUUUUCCCUCAAUUUUUUUUUUUUUUUUUACUUCAACGUCAGCCUUCAAACAUUUGGGAGAGCCAAGAUGAUGAUGAUGAUGUCAUGACUUUGAUGAAGGAGACAACCCAUCUCUACAGGACUCCAAGCAGCAGUGGCUGAACAGACCUUGCCUACUGGUCCUCAAAGAUGGUGACAUGACCAAGCCUGGACUGAGCUCCAGUCAACUCCGACCACAUUCUCCCUCCAAAGCCUCCUCGGAUGAGACAAUCAGAAGGCAAUGUGGGCAAAAACCACUGGAGCGUCCAACCAAAGCAGCAUCACAGUCCCAGCUGGAGGAAGGCAGCUGCACUGUGACCACCAUCUCCACAUGGGGUGAUGAUGACCCUUCUAGCACCCUGGUUUUGAGCCCCGCCGAGGCUGCCUGGCCGGAAGAGGAGGAUCAGGUGGAAGGCGUUCAGUCUCAAGUUCUCCCGUCCAAAGAGGAGUCUGUGAUUGAGGAGAAGGAAAGGGAGGAAAGUGGGUUGGAGCAGGCAGAGCAUUUUUCCAGCUUAGAUGAAGCUGCAGCAUCUUUCGCUUCUUCACACGAGAAUCCGUGCAUUAGGACGCGGGAGUUCAGGAAGGUCAAAUCUAAAGGAGGAGCCGAGACAAGUGGAGGCAAGACCCAGGGAGCCGGUGAGGACGAAGCAAAGGGGAAGAAUGCUGAUCCUCCAACGGAUCCUGAUAAUGACUCCCAGAUGAGCCCCUCUGGAGUUCUGCCUGAGGAUCAGGGUGACGUCCUGGGGGAGGUGGCUCCGGUGUGGGUUCCUGAUGCUGAAGCUCAGGUCUGCAUGAAGUGUGGGACAAAGUUUACAUUUACCAAGAGGAGGCACCACUGCCGUGCCUGUGGCAAGGUGUUUUGCGCGCUCUGCUCCAAUAUGAAGUUUAGACUAACACAUCUGGAUGGCAAGGAAGGAAGGGUUUGUGUGUCCUGCCAUUCAGCCCUUGUCAAGAGGACUCCUCCGAGAGGGAAAAGGAGGGUGUGGUUUGCAGAUGAAAUCCUCACUGGCCAGCAGUCUGAGUCUGCUCCAGCCACACCAGUGAGAGGACUUACUUUCUCACCCCUGAUGAGGCGGGACUUGGGCGAGCCUGCUAGAAGUCCUGCUGGUUCACCACAGAUCAGGAGAACCUUAAAACCACACAGGACUACAAUUAAUGAGGCAUGUGGUCCUCAUGGCUGGGGCCCCACAGCCUUAGUGAGCAGCUCUGCCAACCUCAUCCCCUUAGACGGCCUCCCGCCCAUCCUCACCUCUACUGGAGUCAAAGGAGAUUACACCGUGGAGGAGAAGCCCUCUGAGAUGCUACUCAUUCAGGAGCUGGAAAGCGGCCGGCCAAAGCCACUGGUGUUUGUCCUCAAUGCAAACCUACUUGCUAUGGUCAAACUUGUCAACUAUGUCAACAGGAAGUGCUGGUGUGUGACGACGAAGGGGAUGCAUGCUGUGGGCCAGGUGGAGGUGGUGGUGCUCCUUCAGUGUCUGCCUGAGGAGAAAAGUUUCCCCAAAGACAUUUUCAGUCACUUCCUCCAACUUUACAGGGACACCGUGACUGGGAAGGUUGUAAGGCACCUGUCGCUCUUCCUGUUUGGCAGCCGAUUCUUAGGCAGCGAGGAUCAUGCAGGCUUCAUGUACGUUUGCUCCACACUUCAGUCGCUUCAAGGUCUACCUCUGCCCAAUCAGCCCUACCUCUUUGGCCUGCUGGUCCACAGAGCGGAGGUGCCGUGGGCUAAAGCCUUUCCCCUGCGCCUCAUGCUGAGACUUGGGGCAGAGUAUAGAUUUUAUCCCUGUCCUCUGUACAGCGUGCGGUUCAGGAAGCCCCUCUUUGGGGAAAUAGGUCACACCAUAAUGAGACUGUUAGUCGACUUUAGGAAUUACCGCUACAGCCUACCAUUAGUACCGGGGCUCACUGUGGAUCUAGAGGCUCAGAAGACUCUCAUAAACAUACCGACUACCGGGUAUAAUGAGUUAAUGAAGGCCAUAAACAAGUCCAAUGAACAUGUGCUGGCAAUAGGGGCAUCCUUCAAUGAGACAGCAGAUUCCCACCUCAUCUGUGUGCAAACCGACGACGGCCAGUACCAAACCCAAGCUAUCAGCAUCCACAACCAGCCUCGCAAAAUUACUGGAUCGUGCUUUUUUAUAUUCAGCAGCGCCCUGAAAGCCUCGGCAGGUUGCCUGGCCAAGUCCAGCAUCGUAGAGGAUGGGCUUAUGGUGCAGGUCACCGUGGAGACCAUGGUGGAGAUCCGCCGGUCGCUCCGGGAGAUGAAAGACUACACCGUCACAUGCGGGCGGCUCGACCAACCAGAGAGCCGGGAGCUUGUCUGUUUACAGUGGGUGGAGGAGAAGUGCACUGUGAAUAGGGGGGUCAUAAGCCCCAUCGAUGGGAAAUCCAUGGAGUCCAUCAGCAGUACAAAGAUGUUCCAGAAGUCAGAACACAAAGAAAAUGGGAAGAUCAUCCGCUGGACAGAAGUGUUCUUCCUGGUGAGAGGACACAAUCCCAAGAGAGGAGUGACCGACUCCGCCGAACAGAGCCGACUUACAGAGCGCAUCGCCCGGGCAUUUUGCCUGGCCCUGUGUCCACACCUGAAGCUGCUGAAGGAGGACGGCAUGGCUAAACUGGGGCUGCGGGUCACUUUUGACUCUCAUGAGGUGGGAUUUGUGGCUGGGAGCAAUGGGCAGCCUCUCCCAGCCCAGUACCUCAAUGCCCUGGAUAGCGUGUUGAUCCCAGUCAUCCACAGCAGGGGCCACAAGAGGGGCGAACAGCCUUUAGUGAUGGAGCUCAUCUUUUACAUCCUGGAGGACAUCACCUAAAGCACGCCUGCACUCCUAAUAAUUAAUCUUCUAACUCAGACCACAGCUCCAUCUCGCUCUCCAUCAUGAACAUUAAUUUCCACCAAAAGACCCAACCUGGAUCACAUCCAGAGCCAGCAGGCAUUUCAGCUAUUCUUCACAAGAGUGAAGUGGUCUGACUCUUAGCUUCAUCUAGCUCCACCCGCUUACAAAAAAACCUGCAUGAUGGACCAUUGGAACAAAGUGCAGUUGCUGCACUGUAGUUGGACCUCAUUUGCUUAUGAUUUUGCCUUUAUGUCUAUGCUAGGCCUUCUUAUGGAGAAGACAUUCAAAGUGGGAGCUGAAUUUAACCCCCAUGACCUUAAAAUAAUGACUAUAAGAAAUUUAAUGUAGAAGAUAUGUAGCCAUUUUACACACACUGAAUGAAUGCUUAAAGAAUGUUUUCUUACUGCUUGGGUUUUAAUUAACUAUUCACAAAGAGUAACGUCUGCUUGAAAAUAAACCUGGAACGUUGA